CUGGCCGUUAUCCCAUAACUAACUGGCUGACGUCAGCAAACAAACGCCGACGGCUAAUAUAAAUACUCCGUUGUCUAUAUUAAGUCCCUUGCUGCUUUAUUUUGUGGAGGAAUCGGAAGAUUAUUGUGAGUGAGAGCGAGUUUAGAUAUGGAGAGAGUAGAGCCAACUAGGAUAAUGUUUGCGGUGUCAGAGUCGAAGCGAUAUGGCUACCCUCACCCCUCUGGAAUCAGCAGAAGAGCUUUCCAGUGGACUCUUGAAAAGAUCGUUCUCAAUAACACAAAUGCUUUCCGCUUUUCCUUCAUCCACGUCCAUUCCCCUGGCGCUACUAAUGCACAAUCAGAGAGGAACAACAUAAACGGAAAUGCACUGUUGCAGUAUUUUGCCAACAGAUGUAAUGAGCGGCAGAUAAAUGAUUAUGAAGUUAUCAAUGUGGUAGGUCUGCAUGUGGGAAAAAUUAUCUGCAAGGAAGCGAAACGAAGAAUGCCAAUUCUUUUGAUUGUGGGAAGAAUAGUACAACGUCAACGUCCUCGCACUGGUCUUAAUCGUUUGACGAGGAUCAUUACUGGUGAGGUGAGUAAACAUUGUGUGAAGCAUGCUAAAUGCCCAGUUCUGACCUAUAAAUUUAGCGAAGAAGAUAAUAAUUUGGAGGAGCUUUCUUAUGAUCUGCUGGUUGAUACUUAGCACCAAGACUAAAUUGUUUUUUUGUGCAAAAUGAACUGGAAUUUCGGUUUUUUAGAUUAAUUUUGUGUUGAUACUGAAUAUAUGAACCAUGGAUGAAUGAAUGAGGACAUGGGAAAACAUAAACUCAAAGCCAUUUAGUGUUGUUGGAUCCUUCUUCAUUUGUGAUCUUAAAAUCUUACAACUAUAUUCAUUUGUGUUGUUUGAUAG